CUACCUCACAGUUUCCAUUAACACAGCAGUUACCAAAUUCUUCUUCUUCUUCUUCUUCUUCUUCUUCUUCUUACUCUGUUUCAAAUAUGAGUACAGCAACCUUCAUCGACAUCAUCAUCGCCAUCCUCUUGCCUCCUCUUGGGGUCUUCCUGAGGUUUGGCUGCGGGGUGGAGUUCUGGAUCUGUCUGAUACUGACUCUUUUUGGUUACCUUCCUGGGAUCAUCUAUGCUAUCUGGGCCAUCACCAAGUGAUGUAGCCAAUCGUACUUCAUUUUCUGUGGUAGUCGUACAGAUGCAAAGGGCACAUAAGGCCUGUAGUUUUCACCGUUGGAUCGGAUAGCCCUUUGUUUGGUGUAGCUAAUAAUGUAGUGCGUCAUUUUCUACUUUGUAUCGAGUUCGUCAUGUUUCCCCAUCAUGUCCAUCUGUUGUGAACGGUGGGCCUUGGUUGGUAUUGUGGAUUAAUGUGUCAUAAAACAUUAAUUAUUUAUUUAAUUCUCAAUGUGGAUUUGAUUUAAAUUUUAUGUGAUUCUCAUCCACCCAACCCAGUAGGGUUUGGAGGGUAUCACUAGCUUUAUGAAUAAUAUUGAGUGCUCCAUUAUUCA